CUAAUCGUGUUUUUUCCUACAGCCCUGGAAUCUGGUCUUCCUCUCCUAAAUCCUUAUAAGGAUAAAAGUGCAAAUUUUAGACAUGGUGCAAAUUUUGCAGUAGUAGGGGCUACUGCUUUAUCAGCCCAAGUCAUGGCAGAGAAGAAGAUUGUUCUGUCCUUCACAAAUAGUUCAUUAGACAUUCAACUUGAUUGGAUGUCUUCUCAUUUCGAGACUACUUGCUCCCCCGAUUGCCCGGUACAGUUAAAGAAAUCGCUUUUUCUAGUUGGACAUAUAGGAGGAAAUGAUAUCAUUUAUGGCUUAUCGCAAGGUAAAACCAUGGAAGAGUUGCGAAGAUUGGUUCCACAUAUUGUUCAUACCAUCAUUCAUGGUGUUAAAAGAGUUAUUGGUUUUGGUGCAACUCGAAUUGUAGUUCCAGGGACUUUCCCAAAAGGUUGUGGUCCAGCUAUCCUAACGCAAUUCAUGAACAACGACUCAUCUUCUUACGAUGAGUACCAUUGCUUGAAAGAGUUGAAUAAUUUGACGAUCUUCUAUAAUGAUCAUUUGCAACGAGCCGUUGAGGAGAUGAAGAAAGAGUAUACAAACAUUACACUCGUUUAUGGUGACUAUUACAACGCGUAUAUGUGGUUUCUACAAAAUGCUGUCACUCUUGGAUUUGAUAAAAAUUCUCUACAGAAAGCAUGUUGUGGAGUAGGAGGAGAAUAUAAUUACGAUAAAAAUAGAAAAUGUGGAGCUCAGGGAGUCCCAGUGUGUGAUAACCCUAGUUCUCACUUCAAUUGGGAUGGACUUCAUUUGACACAAGCAGCAUAUAGUUGGUUAACAAGAUGGUUAAUUGAUGACAUGUUGCCCAAAUUGAACUGUCAUGUUUAAAUAUUUUGACAAAAUGGAUGAAUCCGAAGGCGGAUAUUACUUAAAUAACGUGAUCAAAAUAAGAUAUCUCAUGAAAUUUUAUUUGAUUUUAGGGUUCUAUACCCUCGA